AUGGCGGACGCCGCAGAGACGCGUCAGUCUUUAAGACUGGCCGUUGAAGGCUGUGCUGUGAGGAACUCAAAUGACCUCACCUGUAUGGCAGUCUCAAACAAAUAUAGGAGUAUUGGAGACUUCCAUGAAUACUACAGCGGUGCUCGCGUUGCCCCAUACCUGACCAUAUUUGUGGGCGGCAACCAUGAAGCCAGCAACCAUAUGUUUGAGCUCUACUAUGGCGGCUGGGUUGCUCCAAACAUUUACUACAUGGGUGCAGCCAAUCUGGUUCGGUACGGACCGUUCCGAAUUAUCGGAAUGUCCGGCAUCUGGAAAGGCUAUGAUUACCACCGUCCCCACUACGAAAGACUACCGUAUGAUGGUGAUACCCUGAGAUCUGCCUACCACAUCAGAGAGGUCGACGUACGUAAGUUACUCCAGGUUCGUACUCAAGUUGACAUUGGAAUCAGCCAUGACUGGCCCCGGGGUGUUGAAUGGGCCGGGGACUACAACCAUCUGUUCAAAAUCAAGUCUCACUUCGUCGACGACGCUCAUUCAGGGAGGCUUGGAAAUGUUGCUGCAAAGCAGGUGCUUGAUAGGCUUAGACCAGGCUACUGGUUCUCUGCUCAUCUGCACUGUAAAUAUACUGCUACGUUGCAUCAUAAAGAAUACGAGCCUCCUCAGGCAAUUGCUCGUUUCAAUAACCCCGAAGAGGCUUUCGUCAAAACCCUUCCAUCUGCCCAGGCUGGGAGAGCUGUUAGCUCUGGCAACCCUAAUGUGGGCUUGGUUUCCAACAGAGCUCAGGCACAGGAACUUCCACGUGAUGACGAUGCAAAGAAAAAUGCCUGGCGUGAUUUUCAUAACCUCGCAGCAUCCAGAGAGCAAGAUGAACAAGAGUUGUUUAUGAAAGAAGUGGAGAAAUAUCAUAAACAAGUUGAAAGUGGUAGUAUCAAACCUGGAAGCGAGGUGACUUAUGAAUUGAAGUGGAAGAAGGUUGGCGUUGAUGACGGUACUGGCCGUGAAGUUCAAAAUGUUAUUACGACAUCCAUCGAAAAUGCGACUGGGAACGACGUCAAUGGGGAGCCCAUGGCUGUUGAGGUGAAGAACACCGAUGAAAUUAAUUUGGACAUGGACGGUGUGUCUGAGAAUGAAGAACCCAAUGUCGGCACCAGCUCUGCAGAAGCUGGUAACAUGCCGAUCCCGGCGAAGAAUGAGGAUAGGGUUGAAAUCAAAAUGAGGAAUAUUGACAAAGGCGACGGCAACAAUGCCGAUCCCGUUCCUGAGAAUAUACGCAGUCAGCUGCCGGCAAGCUUCACUAAAUCCGCCCCAACUAUCUCCGGGCCUAAGCCAACUGUGGAAUCUACACUUCCCCCUGGGAUCACGAACACUACUACAGAAUUCGUCGCAUUGGAUAAAUGUGAAGGCCACCGUCACUUCCUUCACCUAGCUGAGAUCCAGCCCAUCUCGGAGGGUGACGGAACAGACGACAAUGCCCCUUACCAGCUGAAAUAUGACAAAGAAUGGCUUGCUAUUACCCGUGCCUUACAUUCAGGCUUUACCGUUGGUGACAAAUCUGCCCCGGUGCCCUCCAACAAGGGUGAUGGUGGGUAUAAACCUGACAUCAUUGCCGCAGAGGAAUGGGUUGAGCAAAACAUCGUCAAGGCCGGGAAGAUGGCCAUUCCGCAUAAUUUUACAAUCACUGCUCCGGUAUAUGAUCCUUCAGUUCCCAUAAGCACCAACGAACAACCACCUGAAUAUCCAAACCCACAAACUGCGGAGUUUUGCAAGUUAGUAGGUAUUGAAAAUAUGUUCGCUAUGCCUGAUGAGCAACGUCAAACUCAGAUGGAGGCUUUGCAUAAGGCCAACGAGCUAUCUAAACAAAAAGGAGGUAUUUUCCAGCUCAGUGGUAGAAACGGAGGUCGUGGUGGUCGUGGCGGACGCGGUCGUGGCCGUAGUGCGCGUGGUGGACGCGGUCGAGGCCGCCAUUGA